AUGAGGAUGUUCUUCCGGCACUUGCUCUCCUGCAUCCUCCUGCUCUUGCUAAUGUCACACUUGCCAAGCACGAUCCUGGGCUUGAGAACAUUGAGAGGAGAGGAAGCAAAGAGCGAGUUGCGACGCCAUGAACACGAGCUUCCGCCAGCCGUAUCUCCUUCAAAAGAGGUGGACAACGACGACGCUGCCGCCGCCAAGAAGAGAAAGGAGGCUGAGGUUGGUUAG